AGUGCUGGUUACACAUUACAGUGCAAUAUGACACAUUUUAGAGUGCCUUACCUGUAACAAGAAAUUAUAUUGUGACUAAAAAUACAGAAAAAAAUAUUUGACCAAGUCCCAGUUUCAUGGAAAGGUUUUUAAUAUUUUGUACUAUAAAAAAGAGAAUUUGCACUUAGGAUAUUAAAAAUCACACUUUAAAUGGGAAAUAUGCAUUAUAUUCCUUUUUGUUGUAAUGGUAUGCAAUAAACAUUGCUCCAGUCACUUUGUUGCUAAUUAGUUGGAUAAAAAAGUUAAUUUGAAGGUGCUAGCUGUUUACAAUCACUUACAUCUUAAUUAAAAGUUGAGUGGUUAAAUGAUCCUUAUGCAAAGUAUGGUACAUUUUUUAAUUUAAAAGAAAUUGCAGAUGACAUUAUAAAGCAAACUUAGCUAAUUAAGUGGAGUGUGCUGAGUAAUACUUCCAGAUAACGUUUUGUUGUGUGUUUUUAUGGUCACGUUGUUUUAAGUAAGCAUAUGUAAACAAUAAGAUAAAAAGUUUUCAAAGUAUAAAUAAUACUUUUAUAAUCCUGUAAGGUAUAGUAUGUUAUAUUUUCAGUUUGUAUGUUUUUAGGAAGAAAAAAAAGAUGAGAAUGUAUCACCACAAAGGCUGGUCAUUGUGUCUUCGUUUUGCAUUUGCUAUAAUUGGUAUUUUACUUGGAUUCUCUGGGAGUUUAUGUUUUGCAGUUAUAUACCAGAAUUACCAUUGUUCAGCAUGGGCAUUUGUGUCUGGUGUAUUGGCGUUGACAACACUGGUUUUACAUUUAUCUGUGUGGAAAGACAUAACAUAUUCAAUGGAUCCAAUGACAUUUAGACGUCUGAUGUAUACAGGAAUGAUUUUCUCUGUAUUGGGAACAGGGGCAUUCAUUGGGUAUCUGUGUAAAGGAAUUCUCACACAUGAGUCAGGUGUACAAAUACAUGGAUGGUUUAUUGUGACUGUUUGGGGUUGGAUGACAUGGAAGUGGGGAUUCCUUUUGUUUUGGUAUUCGAAAAAUUAUUAUAAUGCAUUGAUUGAAGUAAUAUCAGAUAUUCUUGCUAUCAAUCAAGAUGAUUAGCUAAAUUUAAUGUAUAAUGUAAUAAACUAAAAUAAUUACCGAUUGCUUAUUUGUACAGUUUAUUAAGAGUCUUUUUUUCUUUCUUAAAUUAACUUAAGUCAUUCUUUAGCACAGCUUGAUAAUUUGAACAUUUACUGUCUCAAACAAACUCAAGGCAACUGGCAUUGUUAACAUGUUUUUCUUGCCUAACUGAAACAUUGGGAAAUUUAAAUAAAAUAUUCUGUUCAAUGUUAAAAAUACAGGGCACAGUUAGCUUCACAGAAAUUUUUAACACAAGGUUUAAUAGCUGUGUGCGUUUGAAAAAUCGCAAGACUUAUUUCGAAGUCAUUGUAGUUGUGAAUUUGUAGAAUUUCAUACUUGUUUAUUUUUGUAUAUUGGAAGUAAUUAUUAUUUACUUGUUAGAUUUAACAUUUAAAAAACAAUACCUUACAUUUUACAACUGAAUACAAUACAAUCCUAGUGAUGAGAAUAUUUUCCUGUAUCAGCCGUUUGUGCUUGCUUUUGGUAGCCAGAAUUGCCAUUCCAUAACCAAUCAAAUUAUUCACCAAAGAAUGUUAAAUAUGCAAUGUCAGAGUCACCUGUGCUUUUUAUUGAGAAAAAGGCAACAGAGCUCUGAGUUUCUUUGGUAUUUAUGUUCCUGUAUGUAAAUUGUUGUUUUAGUUGCAAAAUCUCGUUCACUUACAUUUCUUUUUUACAUUUCUUUUUUUGUAUAUAUAUUUGUAUCCUAAAAACAAGCAGUAAAAUUGCUCAAUCUUUUUUCUAUAUAUUUUUAAAAGAAAAAUGACAAUUUAAUGUAAAUAAAUAACUGUAGUCUUGUUUUGAAUUUUUAACCUUUUUCAAAUCUCUUUUCAUAACUUUCCUAAAUUUAUUUUUGUUUUUUACAUUUCUAUGCUUUGAGAAAAGUGAUUGCAUAUUUAAGCAUAAAAAAAUCUAUAUUAUAAUGCCCGUAUACGUCUUUCCGUCCGUCUGUCUGUCUGUCAUGCAAAAUGAUAGCUUAGCUGCGACGGGCGAACCCGUGGAUUUUUCCACGGGCUAACAACUAGUAAAUAUAUAGUUCAAUAUAUCAGCUUGUUUCAUUUCUGUGAUGGUGUAUCAUUUGAAAAAGUAUUGACUAAAAAUAUAAUUUUUUUUAUAUUAUAUAUUAUGUAUUUUAUUUUUUACUCUUUUUUGGGUAUUAAUUCUCUUUUCAACUUCAAAUAAUACAUAUACAAGUCUUGUGUAAUGUUAGAAACUCAUCUAGGUAGAAUAACAUGUCAAGCAAUGACUCUAAAAGCGUACAAUAAAAUGUUGUCGUACAAUGAA